CAUCUUUUCUUCUUGACUUGUUCUUCUUCUUAUUUUUUUGAUUGAUCUGUAUAAAAUCAAAACCAAACCCUAAUCAAAUUACACCUCGAAGAAGAAAUAAGAUCCUCCUAACCAUACUAGCUAGUGGAAUGGCGGAUCUGACAUGUACGACGCCGUUUCUGCUAUAUCCUUCACUUGUCAUCAUCCUCUUCUUCUACUCAAUCAACAACCAUGAACAAAUAUUCUCAUCAUCCGUAAUCGAUUAUGAUGAUCCUUCUUGUCGUCGUCUCUCGUCUCCUCCACAACAACAACAACAACGAGCUGGUUUCUCUUCCUUGAGAAUAUUUCCUUUUCGUUCUCCACCUUCUUGUCUCAAUACCACUUCCAACACUAAUUUGACGGCGACGUCAGAAGUUGUGGUGGUAAAAGAAUUAGUUGAUGAAGCGGUGGAGAGAAUAGAAGAAGGUUUGGCCAUGGCGAGAGCCGCCAUAAGGAAAGCCGGAGAAGAGAGUCUCCGCCGUGAUCGUGAUCGGACGAAUAAUUCGGAUACGGGAUUCGUAUCGAAUGGAUCUGUCUAUCUCAACGCUUUUACUUUCCAUCAGAGCCACAGAGAGAUGGAGAAGAGAUUCAAGAUAUGGACUUAUAGAGAAGGAGAAGCUCCUCUGUUUCACAAGGGUCCUCUUAACAACAUUUAUGCCAUUGAAGGCCAAUUCAUGGACGAGAUCGAGAACGGAGACAGCCGUUUCAAGGCUGCUUCACCGGAGGAAGCCACCGUGUUCUACAUCCCUGUAGGGAUCGUCAAUAUCAUACGCUUUGUCUAUAGACCUUACACUAGCUAUGCACGUGACCGCCUCCAAAACGUUGUCAAAGACUACAUCUCUCUCGUCUCGAACCGUUACCCUUAUUGGAAUCGCAGUCACGGUGCUGACCAUUUCUUCCUCUCCUGUCACGAUUGGGCACCUGAUGUCUCAGCUGCGGAUCCAGAACUAUACAGGCAUUUUAUUAGAGCUCUCUGCAAUGCCAAUGCUUCCGAGGGAUUCACCCCCAUGAGAGACGUUUCAUUGCCAGAAAUUAACAUUCCACAAAGCCAAUUAGGGUAUGUACACACGGGAGAACAGCCUCAAAACCGCAAACUCUUAGCAUUUUUCGCAGGCGGUUCUCAUGGAGAGGUCCGAAAAAUACUUUUCGACCAAUGGAAAGAAAAAGACAAAGACGUCCAAGUCUACGAGUAUCUCCCCAAAACCAUCAACUACACCAAAAUGAUGGACAAAGCAAAAUUUUGUCUCUGUCCGAGCGGUUGGGAAGUGGCGAGUCCCAGAAUCGUGGAGUCUCUAUACUCUGGUUGCGUCCCCGUCAUCAUUGCUGAUUCAUACGUUCUUCCGUUCAGCGAUGUGUUGAAUUGGAAGGCAUUCUCGAUUCAUAUUCCAAUAUCAAAGAUUCCAGAGAUAAAGAAGAUUCUAGAAGCAAUACCAGAAGAAGAGUACUUGGAGUUGCAAAGGAAAGUUCUGGAGGUUCGGAAACACUUCGUGGUAAACAGACCAUCAAAGCCAUACGACAUGUUGCAUAUGAUAAUGCAUUCCAUUUGGUUACGGAGGCUUAAUGUUCGAAUCCCUCUUUCACAGUGAACAAUA